AUGGCAGAUGAACCGAUUAACUUGGUACUCUCUAGCCAGGUUGCGAGUCGUUUCGUAUCGUCGAGUGAUUUGGAAACCGCUAGGCUAAAGAGAGAAGAGGAAUGGAAAGCCACCUAUGAACGACUUGGGCAGGAAGCUCCUCCGAUGCCCAAGGAGGAAUACGAUGGCCGUUCAUUAUAUGAGAAAUUGAAGGAAACAAAAGAUAAAAAACAGGAGGCUUUUGAAGAAAAAUUGAAAUUCAAAAAUCAAUUCAGGGCUCUGGAUGAUGAGGAGGUGGCAUUUUUGGAUGAUGCAGCAGAAGAGAAGCGGGCGACAGAAAUGGCGAAGCAGGAGGAGAUUCAGAAAGAGAUGAGACGCUUCAAAGAGGCGAUCGCUUCUAGAACCUCCGAAACCCCUGUUAUCGGCGUUGCAGCAGCAACGACAACGGCAGACGUCGUUGAAAAGGCAUCAUCCCCCACCAGCUCGUCCAAAACCCUGACAGGUGCAACGACAGCAACCGUCAACACGAAGACGACAACGAUGAUCCCCAAAAAAUCUCGCAAGGCCAAAGACUUCCAGAGAGCCUUUUUAGCUGGGGCCAUCCGACCCAAGUCCACAGCUGACCACCAACAAGGAGCUUCUGCAACUAAGAAACGCAAGUCCUUGGAUGCCUCGAGCACGCCUGCUGCUGUCACCUCCAAUGAGCCAAUCGCGCCAUCCAAACCAUCCAAUCCUCUUGACUCAGCCUUUUCAGAGACUUCUCAGCCGAAACCAAAUAAUCCCCCUGACCCAAAGAAAGCAAAAAAACAAUUGUGA